AUGGAACCUGAGCUGGCAGCUGAUGCUGCCGGCACAGCUCAGCUCCCGCAACCGCUGGCCCAGGGCUGGUGGCCCUCCCGCCCUUCCACCCUGCAUAUGGUCAUUGAGGCACUGCGGGCCCAGAAUGACACGAAGGGCACCUCGGUUGUCGCCAUCAAGCGGUUCAUCCUGUCCAAGUACCCCACCGUGGACCCCAUCCGCCUCAAGUACCUGCUGAAACAGGCACUGAGCAAGGGGCUGAGCCGUGGGGACCUGGUGCGGCCCCGCAACUCCUCGGCUGUGGGGGCCACCGGCCGCUUCAAGUUAGCCCCUGAGAAGCUGCGGCACAAGCAGCCGCUGGGCCUGGUGAGUUCCGAUGGAGGACAGGCCCCGAAGCCAGGUCGGAAAGGGACCACCAAGCCGCCCCAGGCCCCUGCAGCGAGUCCGCGGCAGCGAGCAGUGAAGGAGAAGCCGACAGCAGAGAAGGCAAAGCCGAGGGCGAAGCCCGCAGAUGCCCAGCCACCAGCAGCAGCAAAGCCCAGGAGCGACGGAGCAAAGCCCCUGCAGGCUGCCAGCCGCCGCCGGGCCCCCGGCAAAGGGCGUUCACAGCUCCCCAUGGGUCUGGCUGCUGAGGAUGCAGGAGGAGGUGGUGGCGAUGGUGACAGACCUGUGGGUGCUGGGGCAAAGGGGCCCCAAAAGGCCCCAGCAGGAAAGAGCAAGGGGAAGGCACCCCAGGGGGAACAGCAGGACAUCGCCAAGGCGAAGGGGGGUCGAGGCAAGGCGAGGAAGCCCCAGGCAGCCACAUCAGUCGGCCAGGGGGAGGCCGGGCUGCAGCGGGCAGCCCCCCAUGCAGCGGGCAGGAAGGCCCCGUAG